AUGCCGCCGAUGGCUCGGAGAGUGGUUGCUGUUACAUUGCCCGUUGCAUCAGUUUUCAUUCGUACGGACAGAGGUAUUCUCUACAUAGUUUUCCGAUGUUCCUCUGUCUCGUUUUGUCGGAGGUUGGCUUAUUCCUCUGUUAGAGACUCCGACAGUUCGUACAGAGAAAGAUUGAGGUUUGGGUUAGCUAAUGUCGAUGAGGCUGUUACUUUGUUCCGUCAGAUGGUUCAGUCUCGGCCCUCCCUUCAAUUAUCGAUUUCAGGCAUUUGCAAGUUAGGAGAUUCUUCUUUAGCUUUGAAUUUGAUCAAGAAGAUAGAGGAAAGGUGCAUUGAGGUCAACGUCAAAAUUUAUGGUACGAUUAUCGAUUGUCUUUGCAAAGAUGGUAAAAUAGAUGAUGCACUUAGCAUUUUCAAUAAGAUGGAUGAUCAAGGAGUUGCUCCAGAUGUUGUUACCUGUAGUGCUUUGCUAAACGGCCUUUGUCGUUUCGGUAGAUGGAACGAUGGCACACGAUUAUGGAAAGAUAUGAUCAGAAGGAAAAUCAGGCCGGAUAUUGUUACUUUCAAUGGAUUCAUCGAUAGUUUUAUUAAAGAGAGAAAGUUUCUAGGGGCUAAGGAACUAUAUGAGAAGAUGAUCCAAAGAGGUUUGGUUCCAGAUAUCGUUACUUAUACUUUGUUGAUUGAUGGGUUUUGCAUGCAUAAUCGCCUUGAUGAGGCGAGACAAAUGUUCGAUUCCAUGGUUACCAUGGGAUGCUUUCCAAACGUCAUGUCGUUUGGUGCUCUCAUAAAUGGGUACUGCAAAUCCGGCAAAAGUUGA